UGUAUUCUGUACGCCGAACGGACACAGACCCUCUUCCCCCUCAUUCAAUUCCUCUGCUUGGAACCACGGGAAAGCUUCGAAGACUAUUCUAUUCAGUCUUAGUGGACAUUGAGCUUGCCCUGGGUUAAUCUCCGCUACUGGUCAUUUUCCUCCUUAAGCUUGCAUCGUGAUUGACCUGACCUAUUCUUAGUGACAGUCAGGAUCGUCUCCGCCAAAUCUGCCGAGUGACAUUUAGAUGGAUGGAGCCAGCGAAUGAGGAUACUGGCCUCGUGCCUUCGCCGCACCCAAACUCUCCCUCCCCCGAACCUUCAGCUACCUCCAGCACGGACAACACCACCCUGAACACAAAUACAUCUCCCUCCAAUCUGCCCAUCAACGGCGAUGAUACCCCUUUGCUUCAAGCUCGGGAUGCCUCGAGCAAUGAGCGCCCGAUGUCCGGGAUAGUCCCUCCAUAUUGGACCCAUCACAGAGCUGCUUCCAGAAUCUCCCAACUAUCUCUCGACGCUGGCCCGGCUAUCACCCUCGAGGACCACACGGAAGAUCCGGAAUGUGAGACUAGUCGUGGACUGUGGGCGAAGAGCGUCUCAGUAGAUGAUUAUGUUGUUGUUCAAGGAAAGACGGGGAUUGGAUCGUACGUAGUCUGGAAUUGCAGGGUUCAAACACUUGAUGGUGGCCCUAUAACAGUUCGAUUGAGGUAUUCCGAGUUCGACGACCUACGACAACGCCUCAUAGUAUCAUUUCCGCAUGCCAAAAACGCACUUCCUCCCUUACCUCCUAAGAGUGUAAUCUUCAAGUUUCGUCCUAAAUUUCUUGAAUCGCGUCGCGCUGGUUUGGAAUAUUUUCUGAACUGCGUUCUACUGAACCCUGAAUUUUCCAGCUCUCCGAUUGUCAAGGAUUUCCUUUUUGGACGGACGUGCUAAGGGGAUCCUGCUCUUUGCCCUUAACAUAAACAACCGCCAUUCUACUACAAUCACGACGUCAACGAAUAUGAAUAUACCUAUUCACCCCUGGUUUCAUGUCCUCGAGAAAGGAGGCAGAUAUUCUCUUACAUAUAUAUAUAUAUUGCAUCCAACACCAUGUGCUGACCCAAACAAACCUCUGGGAAGAUUUUAGCGACCAUCGCAAUUAGUCAUGUUUUGCCUUAUUUGGACAUAGUUAAUAUCACAGACUCCGUUGGGGAUGCACUGUGAUAGGUAUUUGGCAAUGGCUUGUAUCGCUUCGAUACAGUCAGUGUUGACCCAUCACUUUGCAGAAAAGUUUCUACGGGACUAGGGGCUCAUGUGAUGCGUCCCCGACAUUCGGGGUGGCCAUCCGAGUAUUGUGUCAACGAUACGCU